UCCCUCAUGUGUCUUGUGUAGUUUUACUUCCUGCUUGUGAUUAGUUUGCAACUUAUUGGUUCCACCUGUGUCACGUUGUCUCCCAGACCUGGGUGUGUUGGUUUUGCGUUCUUCCUUUGUUCUGUGUCAGGUCGUCGUCAUACCUUGUGUCAAGCGUCUCGGCCUUUGUUCCGCGUGUUUUCUUGGACUUUUUCAUGUCUUGUGAAUUUUGGGAUUUUGUCUUUUACCUUUUGGACUCAUUUGCCUGUUUGGACUGCCCCUCUUGGGUUUUUUUUUAUUCUCUGCCGCCUAACUACCCAUUGCGGUAGCUUUUCAUUCAGCCUGAUGGAGAUGAUGUUGCCUGGUUUCGUUAUGCUUCAAGUACUCUGUUUUGUUAGCGGCUAUCCCACUGGUGCUCCCACUGGUGCCUGUGUGGAUAUGUUGCCUCGCCACUCUGGGGUGCUGCCUCAGCCGUCACCAGCACCCUACACUCUCCUCACCAACACCAGGACGUUUCAGCCAGGCAAGCCCAUUACAGUGACUGUCACUGGACCAGAAUACAGGGGCGUGCUUCUGGAAGCUCGGAAAGAGGGCAGCACUAAUGCUCUGGGGAGCUGGCAACUCCCUCCUCCAGAUACAAGGUUUCUUGAGUGCACUGGGACUCCACAAGGUGCUAUUACUCAUUCCAACACCAACCUGAAGGGCAACACCACUGUAUACAGCUGGAUACCACCCAACUCUACAAGCCCCGUCUACUUCAUGGCCACAGUGGCUCAGCAGCGCACAGUCUUCUGGGUUAAUGUGAGAUCUGCCACUCUGACUGGAGGGAAACCUGAUCUCAGUCUGGCCACAGGUGCAAGUGCUGGAAUGGCUGAAGAAAAACCUCUGCUCGUCCUCGUGAUGUGCUUUCUGAUGUUACAGAUGCUGGGGUGAACAUCAUGUGAAAAGAAAAUAUUUCCUGCAAUUUUUUUGGACUCUGACUGAUGCUCUGUAUUGAAAAUCACAAAGAAGUGUUUGACUGUCUCCUUUUAAAUUAUAUUUUGCAGACCUAUGACAUCAUGCUAUAUCCCCAUGAAUUUCAAUGCUUUUUUAAGAUUUUGCUCUAAACAUGGAGCCUAAAAACGUUUGUGCACAUGAGAUAAAUACGGAACCUAUGUUUCAUAUCAUACUGUAGAUAUAAUUAGCUCUGUCCCUCUAAACGGUGGACUUAUAUCCUUUCACCUACCAUAGACAUAAAUUAUAAAAGAACCUAAGUUGAUAAUGCAUCAUGCAGUCUUGUCCAUAGCUUUUAUGGUGUGUGUUCUGUCUUAUUUAAUAUGUAAAAAAACACAUGGACAUCUACAAAGAGUGGAACUGGGGCACCUUUAAACACCUGAGCUGCCAUUUAAAGCAUUUCAGUGCUUUCAAAAAAAUGCAUUAAACGUUUCUAGGAGUAAGGUAUGAAUAUAAAAAGACAGGGUUAGUCCCUCUGGCUUUUAUGAUAUUUAAUACUUUACUACAGUAUAAUGAUAUUGUAUAACCACAGGCAGGAUACACUCCCAUUUCCUUAUUGUACAUAAUUCACACACAGAAUCCCUGCAAAAUAAAAUAUAACGUUGUUGUGAA